UUAUCCACUCAGCGAAGCUAACAUCUCUCUAUUUAAAACUGAAGUGGAACUCAGCGCACCACUUUCUCGUAAAAUCCCUAUUUGCUAUUUUCUUCUGGUGUGAUCUCACCAUGGGUGGCGGAGGAGCUAUGCGAACGGCGGCCAAAAUUGCAGGAAUCGGCUUCGGUCGGACUGCCUACAGGGGUUCUCCAGCGUCCCUUCCGACCGACCGGUCUGUGCGGAACGCGUCCGUGCCGGCAUCUACCGCCAAGUUAUCUCAGGAAGCCAAGUCUGCCGAGGUUGCGCCGCUGCACACGGCGGCGUCGUGGGAGUUAGACGAUUGGGAGUUCGCCGAUGAAGGCGAAUUGGUUAUGGUCGCCGGGGAACCCAUGCCGCGGGUGGUGUUCCAGGGUGUCCCUACGUUUGAGGAAGCGAAGGAAGCCACCACCGAAUUGAAGGAAGCUAUUGAUAAAGUAUACCUUUCUCCUGAUUCUUCCCAUUCAGAGGGUUCCUCUCAUGGUAGUGAAGUCUCUGUUCUGUCUCCUACUCAAGUUGAGACAGAGUGCAAAAUUGUCGAGGCCAUCUCAAGUCCAUUGGUCCCUAAGCAUGCCCUUCAGGCUUUUAAACUGCUUAGUACAAGCUCUCAGGCACAGACUGUGGUGGCUUCCAUUGCUUGUGACCCAAAUGUAUGGGAUGCGGUUAUGCAAAAUCCUGCUGUAACUGAUUUCUUUAAGUUACACCAGGAAGUGGCUAUUUCUGAAACAGAGGCAACUCCUGAAAACCUAGAAAAUUGUGCCGCAGUUGCUGGUUCUGAGGCAAAGGAAACUGCAGAGAAUGAGAAACUGUCGGCAGAGUCUGAUUUGGGGAAUGGUUCUUUCGAUUUCAUGAGCAUUCUGGAGAAUUUUAAGCUGACGGUGACUGAAAUGGUAAGCAGUGUAUCAAAUUUCCUGCAGAACAUUUUCCCAACAGCUGAGAAAGAGAAAACGCAUGGCGAUGCUGAUGGAAAUGAUGAACAAAGUUUCAUGGAUACCAAUAAAAUCAUGGGAGGAACUUUCAUGGGAUUGGCAGUGCUGGCUAUAAUGGUGGUAUUGGUGAGGAGAUCCUAAACUAAAUCUCCCAUCUAUGGAGAACACUGCAAUUUGUCGAGCUAUCUAUAUAUAUGAAGUAUAACACUUAACACACUUAAGUGGUUGGCUACAAAGUUCACGUAAAUCAGCUUUUAAACUUUUGGAGGCAAGGCUACUAGCUUUAGACUUUUGGGUUAAACGUCUUAGUUUUUGAGUAAUUUCGCACUUAUUUUUUUUAAAUUAUUUAGUAUUAUUGUUAUUCUUUAUUUGUUAUUUAUUUAUUUAUUUUUUUUUUUCAUUUUUAGCUAUAGCGGAUAUCACAGUAACAACAGAUGAACUAAUGUUUGUGUCCCCAUGUAGUAUCCUAAAAAUAAGCGAUUUGACAACA